UGAGCCUCAGCCGUUCGUAUUUUGCUACAGCCUUUAUGAGCAACGCCAAGAAAAAACAGUAAAGUCACAUGAAAAUUUUAAAACAUCGCUUGCUGCUCAUCCCUUAGUAGUUAAAAUGAAACUGACAGUGCUCCUAGUUUUUGUUGUUAUUAUCAAAUUUUGUGAGGCAAUUGAGGAAGAUUGCACCGACUUUCAAGGUCAAACAAUUGAACACGGGGUAUUGUACGUUCCAGGACCAGCCGUGUGUACGAUGUGCGUUUGUUACCACAGCGAACCUAUGUGGUGUCAAGCUAUAUAUUGUGAUCCACCCUAUUUCUGUAACAAAUUUCGCGUGGGGGAACGUUGUUGUGAAUUCGAAUGUCUUGAUCCUCCUGGGGAUGCUGCUUCUCGGCUGUUGGAACAAUACAGGAAAAAGUUACAGAGGGGAAGCUCGCCACCUAGGAUAACGGCGAGCAUUGGGCAACUUUUAGUCGUGUUUACCAUCUGGUUAAUCAUGUGAUUUAAUCCACCUGGGCUAAUCAGUGCAAGGGGAUACUUUUGUGGCCAUAUAGGUUUUAAAUUCGCAACAAAUUAGAAUAUAAAUACUUAUAUAUAAAUUGUAUAUAAUUAUUUAUUUCUCCUUGGAGAAAUAAAUCGCCUAAGGAGAAAUAUAAGAAAAAACUGAUAAAAUUGAAUAACUAAUAUUUGAAAACUUAACGGACAUUUUAUAUUGUAGCAAGAGACUAAAGUGCAUCUUUUAUUUAGAGGUUGAAGUUUGUUUGCCACAAUGACAAGAAUCACCUAAAGGAUAAAAAAGCACUUUAGUCUUGAAGUAAAUUUAUUAUGUUUUUUACAUUCCACAGACUACAAGUGUUAUUUCAAUUUCGAAAUAUACAAAGUUACUAAAGUGCAUAUUUUAAUCGCAAGAGUGAAAUUUAUUGCCCUAAACAGAGUCGAGCAUGUGCACUUCGGGGGUAAAGUGCGUUUUAUUAUAAAUAAAAAAUGCACUUUAGUCCCUUGGUGUAUAGUAUUUUGCACUCCGUGCACUAGUAUAUAAAGUAAUCUUUAUCAACCUUUUGGCGAUUUUAGGUCACGAAUUGCACUAAAUAGUAUGCCUAGGUACUAGAGUGACUUUUAAUCCCUUGAGGAAUAAUUUUUUGGAAGAUGCACUUUAGUACCUCAAUAUAUGGUAUGCCAACAAUUAAUGAUGAAUUUUAUUUACUUUAGGCCACAGAGUGCAAAAAAUAACGUAUAUACUAGUACUUUAGUGGCUUUAAUUUCUAGGGAUUAAAAUGCACUUUAGUGUUUCGGAAUUCUGCACAUUAAAUGGUAAUAUGAUGAUAAGGAUAGAAAGAAAAAUUGGUAAAAGGAGGUUAUUUCUGACUGAGGGACUAAAGUGCACCUUUUAAUCCCUAGGAAUUAAAUGGUGCACUUUAGUUAAUUCCUAGGAAUUAAAAGGUGCACUUUAGUUCCCAAAAUUGAAUGGUAAUACGAUACUACAUGAUAAUAAGGAAAAUUUGUAAAACAACCAAUUAUUUCUGACUGCGAGGGACUAAAGUGCACCUUCUAAUCCCUAGGAAUUAAAAGGUGCACUUUGGUUAAUCCCUAGGAAUUAAAAGGUGCAUUUUAGUUCCCAAAAUUAAAUGGUAAUAUGAUAUUAUCAGGAUAAUAAGGAAAAUUUAUAAAACAACUCAUUAUUUCUGACCGCGAGGGACUAAAGUGCACCUUUUAAUCCCUAGGAAUUAAAAGGUGCACUUUGGUUAAUCCCUAGGAAUUAAAAGAUACACUUUAGUUCCCAAAAUUAAAUGGUAAUAUGAUAUUAUCAGGAUAAUAAGGAAAAUUUAUAAAACAAGCUAUUAUUUCUGAUAGCGAGGGACUAAAGUGCACCUUUUAAUCCCUAGUUCCUCAGAAUAUAUUAUCAUCCACAUUAAAUGGUGAUAUGAUAAUAACAGGAUAAUAAGGAAAAAUGGUAAAAGAACUGGUUAUUUCUGUAAAUAGUAUUUAUUGUUAUUAUUAUUUAUUAGAAAAUUUGGGAUAUAUUUAGAUUGUAAUAGGGUGUGAAUGUUCUUCUUAAUGUAUCCUUUUAAUAUUCAUCUAUUCGCAAGACAAUUUUUUUCAAUUUAGUUUGUCUUUGCGCGUUUUGCCGCGUUGUUCUUCAACAAUUUGAGGCGUUAAUUCCCUAUUAUUUAAUUUAAGUUUGUUAAACUUAUAGCCCCACAUUACAGUGGGAUUGUAUAUGUGAUAUUAGAUCAGGGGGGGGGGGAGUUGGGAAAUGUAGACGGACUUAGA